CAAGAGAAUGGUUCAUAAGUUGAAAGCAUACAUUCUAAUGGUGUUUGUGCAGAUUGCAUAUGCAGCUGUUAACAUCAUCUACAAGCUAGCCAUAAACGAUGGAAUGAGCAUGAGGGUAGUCACUGCCUAUCGUCUGCUUUUUGCAUCGCUUUUCACUGUUCCCGUCGCUCUUAUAUAUGAUAGGUUCUUCAUUGCUUUGCCUUUUCUUUCUUUUACUUUCUCACCUCAUCAAUCUUACAAUGUUUUAGACAAUAUUGCCGAAUUGCUUUUUCCAUCAGGAACAAUAGCUCAAAGAUUACUUCCAAGGUGCUUUUCUUGGGAUUCCUCUGUGGAUUGUUUGGAGGAAGUUUAUUCAGUAACCUUUACCUUGUGGCGAUGGAUUUGACAUCAGCAUCGUUUAUGUUGGCUAUGAUCAAUCUUACUCCUGGCAUUACCUUCAUUAUGG